UGUCGUCGUGGUCGCCGUAACGGAACGGAACGUGUUGCUCGCUCGGUCUCGUCGUUAGUCUCGCCAAGUUCAAAAACGCAAUAGGCAGGCGCACAGGGCAACACCAACAAUACAAUUUGUUAAAGAUAAACAAUAAACUCAAGCAUUAGACUCCGACGCGUGGUGCCGCAAACGUCGAGAGACCUCCUCAACUGACGACAUAAUAACAACAACAGGUCACAGUGGUUGUAAAACAAACGAACAAAGAGAACAAGUUAUGCAAAUUAGAUGUGACAGCCGGCUUUCUGGCACUUGUGUAUUGUAAAAUAAUAGUAAUUAAAAUUAAACCCGCAACUUAAAGAAAUGAUAAGUGAUGACUGUCAAGCAAUAACUUAAAAUUGCAAAAUUAUAAACCAAUUAUAACAACAACAAAAAACUAAAAGAGUACAUACAUACAUCCAUACACGCCAUACAUAUACACGCCACCAAUAUGUCCAGUUGGAGCUUAGCAAGUGCUGUCUCACCCAAUGUAACGGGUGCUACUGGAACGGCGCGUGACGUCAUUGCGCUCAGCUAUCUGAAAUCGGCGUCCGACACGGACAUUAACACCGCAGCAAAAACAUCAAAUAAAAAAUCAGGAACAACAACAGCAGUACAACAGCCGCACUCGCCCCGUCCAACAACGCCCGUGCCUUUUCGUAAAUUGGCCUCAAAACGACCCGCCCACUUAACAUUGCACAUUAAUUCAAAAACAACAACAGCAACGGCAUCGAAGAGAGUGCAUGAAGCGCCGCUUGCUGAAACUGAGAACAGCGCAUUAUCAGCAGCUUCAUCCACAUCGGCCUAUGCUACGCCCUUGGGGGCGACACCUGCAUCGCCAUUAAGCGGCAGCGGUAGUGCUAGUUGGAGUGGUGGCGGGGGCGGUGGCGAAGGCAGUAACAAUACCAGCACCACCGGCUCAGUUUUCCCCCACGAACAGUACAAAACGAUCAAGAAAAUUGACAUUGAAUUCGAAAAUGGUAGCUUUGAAGUCAAAACUGGAUUUUUCAAAAGGGAAAACAAAGUUAUACUGAAUGGCAUUUCGGGCUAUUUCCGUUCCGGCGAGCUUAGCGCCAUUGUGGGACCAUCUGGAGCUGGCAAGAGCACACUGCUCAACAUACUCUCAGGAUAUACAACUUCUGGCCACGAUGGCGAAUUCCGCAUUAAUGGCAGUCCGCGUGACCUGAAGGCAUUCAAACCGAAUGUGGCCUUUAUAACGCAGGACACAACCCUGCAGCUAUAUCUGAGUGUUAAGGAGGCGAUGCAUUUUGCUGCCAAUUUGAAAAUUGGUCCCCACAUGACGCCCACUGCUAAGAAGGAGCGUGUUGCCAGCAUUUUGAGGGCCAUUGGCAUGUACGAGAACCGACAGACACGGACGUGCGAUUUGAGUGGAGGCCAGAAGAAGCGUUUGGCCAUUGCAUUGGAGUUGGUGAACAAUCCACCGGUUCUCAUGCUGGACGAGCCAACUUCCGGCCUGGAUAGCUCGACCUCAACUCAGCUGAUUACGUUGCUCAAGAAACUGGCGUUGGAGGGACGCACCGUCAUCUGCACCAUACAUCAGCCGAGCGCUCUAACUUUUGCCAUGUUCGAUCACUUGUAUGCCAUUGGAGAGGGACACUGUAUCUAUGCGGGCGGUACGCAUAAUUUGGUUCCAUUUCUGGGAGUUCUGGGGCUGCAUUGCCCGGAAUCUUACAAUCCGGCGGAUUAUUUAAUGGAAAUAGCCACACAUGACUAUGAUACGGAGCAAGAAAGCCAGGUGGAGAAGCUAAUCGCACUAAUGGACAAUGGACGGAACGACGAUUACAGACAGAACAAAACAGCGCGAGUGGCUCAGCUGGCAGCUAUGAAGAAAGUUGAUCAAAUGAUGGCCGCUGGCCUCAUAACGCCCGUCACUGCUCCGAUGCUAUCGAAUCCAGUAUCCAAUCAGUUUUCAAGCUAUCAACAGCAGCAGCGCCAUGAACAACAUUAUAGCUUUAAGCCGCUGACGCCCAUCAAUGAGCUGUCCUCGCGCAUUUGGGACAGUCAUGGCGGCAUUGGGGAGCAUAGCGGCACCAAGAAGUCCGAUAAUUGCUGCAAUCCCAAGAAAAAGAAAUGCAAGCCAGCCAUGCAAUUGGAUCCAUCCCACCUGUGCAAGAGAGAGAACAUCUAUGCUACGCCCUUCUACCGACAGCUAGGAAUUCUACUUCUGCGCACGUUUCUGCUAAUAUGGAGGGAUCGUUCGUUGACCACAUUGCGCUUCAGCAUACAUCUGGGCACCGCCCUAAUGAUUGGCUUCCUCUACUAUGGCAUUGGCAACGAUGCGAACAAUACCAAGAAUAUUAUCAACUACUGCUUCUAUGCCAUUAUGUUCAUCAUGUACUGCGCCUUCUCCGGCAUUCUCGUGAAGUUUCCCCUGGAGUUUCCAAUAGUAUCGCGCGAGCAUUUCAAUCGCUGGUACUCGUUGCGCGCCUACUAUGUGGCCAUCACAUUGGCGGACAUACCUAUACAGAUCAUUUGCACUAGCCUCUUCAUUGUGCCUACGUAUUUGUUGACGGGUCAGCCGCUGGAGUUCAUGCGGUUCGGCCUCUUCUUCCUGAUUGUCUUCCUGACCGCACUGGUGGCCCAAAGCAUUGGCUUAGCGGUGGGCGCAUCGCUAAGCAUGCAUCUUGGAGCGAUAUUGGGACCGUUUUUUAUCUGCCCUUUCCUGCAAUUCAGCGGCUUCUUUCUGUAUCGGAGGGAUGCACCGUCCUAUUUGCGCUGGAUGUUCGACGUAUCGUUCCUGAAGUAUAGUCUGGAUGGUGCUGUGCUGGCAAUAUUUGGCUACGGUCGAGAGCAACUUCAGUGCGAUGUAAUGUACUGCCAUUUCUCGCGACCGAAGUUCAUAUUAAAGGACUUUGAUUUCGCAGAAGCCAACUACCAACAAGCCGCCAUAUUCCUGAUUUGCCUAUUUUUGUUAUUGCGCGUCGUUGCCUUCUAUAUUAUGUCCUUUAGACUGAGGGUAUUCAGAUGAGGUAUGUGUGUGUCGUGGCUAGGCUGCAACAUUCCAUAAAAAAAGUACGACAGUUUUUUUUUUAAGUAAGCAGUGCAAUUGAAACUCUUGUGGUCCUUUAUACACAAACAAUUGUGUAUAAUUAUAUAUAAUUAUGGUUUCUUUUAGCAUUUAAUCUAUUGAACACAGUGCCAAAGAAUGAAGUGUUUAGCGUAAGAAAUCGUGAUAUAUCUAAUGAGAGAAAACAAUGAACAUAUUACAAAGUCUAGGAACUAUACAGAAUUAUAGCAACUGUAUAUAUAUAUAUAUAUACAUACAUACAUAUACUUCAUAAACAAUUUUGUACAUGCAUAGUGUUGACUUUUUGUAUUAAACCCCAAUGUUUAGCCUAGAUAUAUUUUAUAUUAAAAUAUGAAAAACUAUUUGAUGAUCGAUUUAUAUUGAAGAAAAUAAACUCUAAAGGAUUUAAUUUCAGAA